AGAGACAGCAUGUGCACUCACUCCGGACCGCGAGGAUGAUGCCGCUGAUGCUCGUCUGCGCGAUGCUGUGCGUCUCCGCGUGCGUCGCGUCGUGUCCGCCGCGCUGCGAGUGUUCUCCACGGACGGUGCGCUGCGCGUCUGCCGCUCUCCACCGCGUCCCCGCUGCGAUCCCACGCGACGCGAGCAGCCUGAUCAUCACCGGCAACGCGAUUCCCAGACUCGAUCCCAGCGCCUUCAGCGGACCGCAGAACGCCACACUCCUGAACCUGAGCGACAACCGCAUCAUGGAGAUCGGCUCGCACGCGUUCUCCUCUCUGCUCACGCUGCGUUCUCUAAUCCUGAACAACAACCCGCUGGUUCUGAUCCACCCCGAGGCGUUCUCGGUGCCUGGCAGUCCUCUUCAGGAGCUCAGCCUGCGCUCGUCUCUCUAUAACUACUCAUCUCUGAUGGAUCUCAUCACCGCCCUGCGCUGGGGAGAGUUUACAAACCUGCUUCGCCUUGAUCUGUCGGGAAACCGGCUCGUCCUCUUACCCCCGGGGAUGUUCGCUCCUCUUCCGAACCUGCGGCAUCUGCAUCUGCGCAACAACUCUCUGGUGGCCGUCUACAACGGCACCUUCUCUGGCGUCGAGCAACUUCUAGAGCUGGACUUGACUGGAAACGCCUUCAGAACGAUCAGCGACGAGGGUCUGCGCGAGCUGGCGCGACUCGGCCGUGCACGUUUACUUUUGGGUCAGAACCCGUAUGCAUGCACUUGCGAAGCGCACGAGUUCACAAACUGGCUUAACAGUUCGAAAGUCAGGGUGGAGGAUGUGGACAGGCUGUUUUGCGAAUUCCCUGCUUCUCUUCGUGGGGCAUCUUUGCGGGGUUUUAGCGCACAGGGGUUGGGGUGUUACGGUAAUGUUCGCGAAGAGAUUACCGAGUUGUCCCUACAAACUUCUUAUGUGUUUCUUGGAUUAGUGUUGGGAUUCGUAGGGAUGGUCUUCCUCUUUGUCGUCUACCUCAAUCGAAAGGGUAUUAAGAAGUGGAUCACGGAUAUAUAUGAAGCCUGUAGAGAUGUGCUGGAGGGGUAUCAUUACCGUUACGAAAUCGACUCCGAUCCACGACUGGGUCACGUUUCGCAUGGUCAGCAGGGUCGGCCUCGAAUGGAUCCACAUUUGGCACACGUCUCUACUGAUGCCCGUAGCACACAGAUCCCAUCCGACGUCACACUAUAACUGCACGAUGAAUACAUUUCUGUAGAUAUGAUGUUCUGAUAUUUCAGUUUGUAGCAAAGUGGUGUGCUUGACGAUUCCUAAAUAGAUGGAAAACCAUUACAGUUUGGCAGAUAUCAUUCAUUAGAAACACGUUUGACUGAUACCCGAUGUAAUGCCAAUAAAUGCAUGAUAUUUGCUAAUCAGUGUUGGGAAGGUUACUUUGGAAAGGUCAUAGGUUACAGAUUACAAGUCACUGUUUAAAAUGUUACCCUUUAUUAAAUUAUAAAUACUAAAUUAUUUUGGAUUACUUUUCUAAAUCUUUUACAAAUUUUUUUUUUAAAUGUUAUCACACUGAACUUGUGAUUGUGUAGGAUUACAGUAUAAACAAUAAAGAUUCUUUAGAUUAUUAAAAUGUUUUAACACUAAGAAGUAGCGCCGAUCAAUGAAUGGUCCUUUCAAGAACAAAAAAUGCUUCUUCAAUGGCAUUGCUGUGAAAAACCCUUUAAGAGUGUGGACUAAAAGCCACAAAACCCACAUCUAUUUCCUUUAAAC